AUGGCAGAAAUCAAUGCCCCAAGUCUUGCAACUGAGAAACCUUACCAGGAGACGACCGCCGCUGCCGAUGAUUCGGAAUAUGAUUCAGAUGACUACCUGCCUUUAGGUGAAUUGCGUAAAAAAUUAAUCCCUUUUAAUAAUUCCUUUGCGGAAGUGUUACCAACACCAGAUCUAGUAAAAAAAAUCUGCUCGAAGACGUAA